UCCCCCCCACCCCCACCCACACCCUCCUCACCUCCCACGCGCGCUGAUAGACCCAGCACUCACGUGCACGCCAUCCACCCGCCACACGCCCCAGCGUCUCCUUUGUCGAGAGUGAGUGGUCCGGGACCCACCCGCCCACCGCCCACCGACUCACACACCGCUCACCCACACACGUGCCUCACGCCAUCAGAGGAGACACACGAGAGUUAUCUCCCCACGUCUGUGAGUGAGGGGAGGAUCAGUGACGUCAUGUCCAGUUCCCCCCACUACCCCAGUGUCACAGAGGUGGGGGAGGGGGAGAUCGGGGAUUCAAACCGUGGACCUUGUCAGCCACACUUUGAGCUGAGUGACAACUCUACCAGGGUCGGGGGGAGGGAGGGGGGAGGAGAGGCGGAGGAGGAGAGGGACUUGUCUGCCAAGAUAAACACAGCGGAAGUGGUGGAGUGCUCGGCGGAGGUCGUGGGGACAAGUGGGCCAGGGUUUGAGCCUCAUCUCCUGGGCCGUGAGGGCGAGAGGCGAGAGGCGAGGAGGAGCAGUAUCGGACAGUUAGUGCUGGGGUCUAGCAGUUACUUUGUGCAGGCCCACACGGCUCUCUCUCGCCCUCACACAGACCCUCACACAGACUCUCACACAGACACUCACACCAGUGACGUAGGUGGUGAGCACUCAUCUUCUCCCCCCGCUCACUCCCGCCCGGCGCACACUCAGGGAGCAGGGCACCCGCCAACCUCCCUCUCCCCGCCACUUCAGCUGUGUGGAGGAGCUGUGGAAAACCAGCCGGACCCGUCGCCUCUCCUAGUUCACCACAACGACACGACACUCUCAGACGACACGACACGGGCGCUGUCAGAUCACGACACGACACACGACACGACACGGGCGCUCUCGGAUCACGACACGACACACGACACGACACAGGCGCUGUCAGAGAGAGACGACCUCAAGGAUAGGACACAGGCGCUCUCAGAUCAGCACAAGAACACACACAAAGACACACACAAGGACACACACAAGGAUGACACGGGCGUUACGUCACAGGAUUUCCCACUACCAUCACGUGACCCUGUAUCUCCCCCCAUCUCUCGUGACCCGCUGUCUCCUCCAGUCGUGGGAGUGAGGACGAGCAAUGUGGAGCGCUGUGAUAGUUCGGACACGUUGGUGAGUGGAGACAGAGACAGGGCCCGGUCUGAAAGUUUCACCUCUGACCUUGACGUGAGGGACGCCAUUCGGGACUUGGAGAACGUCAUCAGAACUGAGAGAUCAGACUCGGUGGAGGAUUCCUGGUCAGCCAUGACCACCCCCGCCACCC